ACUUCUCAUCUAUCAAUUCAAAGAAAAAAAAAAACUUUUUGACAUGAAGAAGGGUGCAGUUGUGGCAGUGAUGAUGGGUCUGGCCAUGGUGAUGUUCAUGGUGAAGCCAGGAGAGGGGUUGAGUUGUAUGCAGAUUGAGUCAAUGCUGGCUCCAUGCAUGCCUUACCUCCUGAACGAUGGCACUCCAUCGGAAUCAUGCUGCAGUGGGGUUAGGAGCCUGCAAUCCUCUAUGCCCACCACCACAGACCGGCGCGCAGCCUGUGAAUGUGUGAAGCAAGCAGCCAGCCAAUACCAGGGCAUAAAGCCUGAUGCUGCCAACCAGCUACCUAAGAAGUGUGGGAUUGAAUUCAGCAUGCCCAUCUCUAAGGAUAUUGACUGCAGCAAGAUUUCUUAGAGUGGAGGCUAUUGGGGUUGAAGAAUAAAGAGGAAUCCCACUAAAGCUUGUGAUGUAUGUGUGUGUUCGGUGAAUGUGGUUCUCCUGAGUCACGAGAGAACCAUUGAUGUAUGGAAUAUUAUGUUAAAUAAAAUGAGUUCAAAGUUAUGUAUCAACACAA